UCGCAGCCGAGUUCGUAGUUCGACCGCUGAGCGAAGUCGCAACAACGUUCGACCCGAGUUCUCAAAAUGGAGCGAGCCAUGCAGGCGCAGUACUGGCGGGAGAUCAGCAGUGGAAACGGAGCCUCAACUGACAAUCCAACCGUGGAGAGCGUCGCUCUGCAGCAUACGAACGGCCACGAUUUCACGGCCAAGAUCACCAGCAUUCAAGAUCCCAAGCAGAUCGCCGAAAAUGCCAUGAUAGGGCCUGAAACGAAGCUUGAAACUCGCACAAAGAAGGCUGUAAAUGUCUUUAUUGAGCCACGAAUAGCGGAGAUGGCAGUGAAUGGCGCAUCUUCUGACGGGAAUGGCCAAUCGAACCACUCUCACCACGCUGACUGCGUUGACUGCGUUGACUGCGUUGACCAGGGUGGAGGAGAGCAGGAGCCAGCUGUGAUGUCGGUGGCUUCCAUGAUGCUGGAUGCCCAGGCUGACCUGCUUGACUCGCUUGAACGCCCCGAGAUUCUUGCCAUCAUGGACAGCAUCACGGCAGCGCCUCCUCUGUCCCUACCAGUGCCGCCACUGGUGCCCCUGCCACCCACAGAGGGGCAGAAUGGUACCACCACACCAGUGCCCAUAUCAGCGCCCGCGCCGCCGGUAGAAGGACCACAGGGAGCACUGCCGGUGGGAACAUUGGCGUCGGGAGUAGUGGCGACGGGAGCGGUGCCGAUGGGAGCAGUGCCACGUGCCAAGGUGGUGGUGGAGCUGGGGGCGGGCAUUGGCCGGUUCACUGCUGACCUGGCACGCAGGGCCACGUGGCUCACUGCCCUUGACUUCCUGCCCCACGCGCUCUCUGUGAAUGAGCAAGCGCAUGCACACAAGCACCCCAACGUAGACUUUGUCUGUGCUGACGUGGCAGAUGCCACGACAGCCGCCCUCCUGACUAGGCUGGCGCCUGACCUGGUGUUCUCCAAUUGGCUGCUCAUGUAUCUCUCGGACUCCGAGGUGCUUGAGCUGGCCCGUGUGAUCCUCCUGGCUCUCCCCCCGGGAGGCCUCCUCUUCUUCCGCGAGUCGUGCUUGGAGCAGUCCGGCAGCCAGCAGCGCCGCACCAACCCCACGCACUACCGCCACCCGCUCUUCUACUGCCAGGCCUUCUCGGAAGCCCAUCACCAGAUGCAGGGGAGGCUGAACCACCACCACCAGCAGCAGCAGCAGCAGCAAAAGCAGAAUGGGCAGAAUCACCGCCACCUCCCCAACCAGCAGCAGCAAGAUCCGCAGGGAGGAGGCAAAGGGUGGAGGUUCAGGCUGCGGGAGAUGAGGAGCGUUGCGGCAUACUCCCGAGUGAAGGGGUGCCAGACGCAGGUGUGCUGGGUGUGGCAGAAGGUGCGGCAUGCCAUGGGGGGCACAGGUUCCACCACAGAUAGCCAAGACCGUCAAGACAGUGGGGAGAGCCAGGGGUGUCAGGAGAAUCAGGAGCGCCAGCAGUACAGUCUGGAGAGCAUUCUGCGCUACGAGCACAUCUACGGCCAUGGCUUCGUUAGCACCGGCGGUCGUGACUCCACACUCUCUGUACUCCCGCUCCUCUCCCUUUCCCCUCACCGCCGAGUGCUGGACGUGGGAUGCGGCCUCGGGGGCAGUGCCAUGCUCAUGGCAACCCUGUGUGGUGCGAGCGUGCAUGCCAUCGACCUCUCACCCACCAUGAUCUCUCUUGCCAUUGAGCGAUCACGCAGCAUCCACGCUGCUGCGGCCACGUCAGCGCCUGCAGCCACGUCAUCAUCCACAUCAGCAGUCAUGCCUGUGGUGCAGUUCGAAGUGGCUGACUGCCUGACCAGAAACUUUCCCGAUGCUGCCUUUGACUGCAUCUACACCCGUGACACCCUGCUGCACAUCCAGGACAAACCUCACCUGUUCGCCCGCUUCCACCGCUGGCUGAAGCCGGGCGGCAAAGUGCUGAUCACGGACUAUUGUAGCGGAAAGGACAAGGAUGACCAGUGGUCGGAUGAGUUCAAGGGUUACGUGGCGCAACGCGGCUACCACCUGGUGACAGUCCGGCGCUACAGCGAGCUCCUCCAGGCAGCGGGCUUCCACGUGCUCAAAGCUGAGGACCGAUCGCAGCAGUUCCUGGCCAUUCUGGAGGAGGAGAAGAGCCGAGUGCUCUCUGAGAUGAUCCCCAGCACCAGCCAAGUAUCCAACUCAGACGAUCAGCUAGUGGCAGGAUGGACGGCCAAGAUGAAGCGAGUGAGGGAUGGGGACCAGGCCUGGGGGCUAUUUCUGGCAGAGAAGAGAGUGAAGGGGCAUGACCCAUGAAGCCAGGACAGGACACAUAGCGUAUGCUUUUGCUGUACAGUGCUGAAGGCUAUCUUAGCUUGGGGACUGUCUUUGGCAGACAAGAGAGAGUGAGGGGGUAUGUGGAAUUAGUUUGGCUUGUCCUCAUGGAAUUGGUUUGUUCAGAAAUGGUGGUGGUGUGCUCUGCCACUGGACUGCAGGCAUUGGUCAUUGCUGCAUAAUAAUCACC